GUCGUUGUUUCCUAGUUACUUAAAAACUCCGUUUAAACGCUCCUGAUUCCAAGGGGAAAAAAGAAAAUGGCGGGCUCAAGCUAAAAUUUUCAUUCAAAUCCAAAUUCUCUGUCACUGCACUUUUCCUCUAUCUCUCCUUCUGGUCUGUCCCUCUCCUUCCCUUUCACUCUCUCUCUCUCUUAUAUAAACAAUCAGGCGCAUCCACACAUUCAAGUCCAGAGUAGAGAGGGGGAAUCAUUACGGACGAAAAUGGAGUCUUUGCGACUGAUCUGCGACAGAGAGAUCCCCCUUGCACUGCAAAAAGUCCACUCCUUUGCGGCGUCGUUUUCUCAUUCUCUGGAUUCGACCACUUCUACAGUAGAAGAAACCCUCCAAUAUCAAGGGAAAUUAGGGAAGAUGAAAUCUAGCUUACGGGAAGCUGAGGAUGACUUUGUUAAAGUGCUAUCAGUGAAGACACGUAAGGAGGCUAAGCAGUUGGCCAUAAGGGACUCCAUUUCUGCUACAAGAGCUAGAAUAGAAGAACUUAAAAGAACCUUGCAGGUUCAGAAGGCUAGAAGGGAUGAGUAUGCAGCAAUUAUGUCUCAACAAUCUUUCGAAAAGGGAAAUCGAGAUAUUGAACAUAAAGGAGUAAUUCAAGAGGCGAUAUUAUGGUAUAAUAGGGUUCUUGGUUUCCAUAUUGAAGGAGGAAGAGGGGUGAAAUUUACAUUCAACUACAUCAACAUGAGCAAUCCAUAUGAGGAGUACAGUUUCACCAUUCGCCAUGAAGAGGAUACGUAUUCUUUGUUGGCUUGUAAACCCCACUUGAAUGACACCAAAGAUUUGAUUCGUGAGUUGAAUAGAACCAAUGGUUUAUUCAAAUUUGUCAGAAUAAUGAGAGAGAAGUUUCAAGAAGUUACAUCACUUGGAAGAAAUUUUCCUCAAUCCCCAACUCUUCAUCAAGAGUCUGCAGCAGUAUCUAUGUCUGCUCCAGUUACAUCAGUUUCAACAGACACAAGUGACUCUUCUUUGAAAGAAAAUGAGUAUCCACAUGAAGUAAACAGACAGUCAAAGAAAGUUAAUCUUGGAAGAGGGACUAAACCAUCAAUUUUAUCACCUGCAUCAGUUCGCCGAUCCCCUCGUUUUGUUAAGCGCAAGGAAUGAAGAUAAAGUGAAGCUGGUAGACGUAACAUCAAGUUUGGCAUGUAUUGUGUGUGUUCUUGACUUGCUCAACUAGUCAUAGUUUCUGACUCAUUUGCUUGACACUGGACAUGUGUUGCAUGGGCAUGAUGUAUGUAAGCAACUUUGAUUGGAAGAGAAUGGCUGAAGCUCUACAACCCAAUCUUUAUCAUCCAUUAGACAGGUGUCUCCUGAGUGCCGCUAGGAGUGUAUUUAUAUAUUUUUUUUCCUGUAACAAUGAAUUUAUGACAGAUGGAAUGUAAAGAGCUCAUCACAAUAGUGUUAGAUUUUGCAACACUAGAUGCUUUAAUGGCCCAUGCACUGAUCUCAUCUAUUGAUUUCAAUUUUUUUUUCUA